GAUCAAACGGCGCCGUUUUAUUCAACGGCAAAGACCAUUGCCGCCCUCCCCUCCUAUAAAAGCCCAACUUUCCUCUUUGACCCCUCAACCAUCCCACCAUUUUCUCUCUUUACAACCCAAUCCCAUUUCUCUCCCCAGAACCCCAUCUUUCUCACUCUAGAACCCACUCUCUCUAAAAAAUGCGUGAAAUCUUGCACGUUCAGGGUGGGCAAUGUGGGAACCAGAUCGGAGCCAAGUUCUGGGAGAUGGUCUGCGCUGAGCACGGCAUCGACUCCACCGGGCGCUACCAAGGCGACACGGAGCUGCAACUGGAGCGAGUCAAUGUGUACUACAACGAGGCGAGUUGUGGGAGGUUCGUGCCCAGGGCAGUGCUCAUGGAUGUGGAGCCGGGCACCAUGGACAGUGAUCUGAGUGUUUUUUAGGGAUUUCCUGGGAUUUUAGUAGGGUAUUUUUGGGUAGUAUUGGGCAUUUUGCGUCGGAUCUAAAGAAAUUCUCGACUGUUUCUUAGUUUUAAAGUGUUUUUAAUUAUAGUUUCGAUGCUUCUGCCUAACUGUUGAACCGUAUAGCCUUUAUGCUUCAAUUUGAGUGUUGUAUCUUUUAUCAUUUUGUCUUCUUCCUACUGAUUUCGGAGCUCCAAAUCACAUACUUGGUUGGAAUUCUCUCAGGAUUUCAGGUCUGCCACUCUUUGGGAGGUGGAACUGGGUCAGGCAUGGGAACACUCCUCAUUUCCAA